AUGGCUAGACACCUAGCUGAAGCUAUGCACGAGGUGCAAAAGCACGCAGAAAAGCUAGAUGCCGCUGACUACGAUCUUGACGCCUGGAUGGGCAGCGCCGACAGACAAAGCAGCCGGCGGGAGCGACGGAUUCAAUCCACAGAAGAUCUAAAACGAGAACUGGAGAGAGAAUUUCUCACUCCCUCGCCGCGGUUCAGUACAGAGUGGCUUAAUCGCCUGCAGAGGCGCUGGGAGAUUCCGGUCGAUUAUACAGAGCUAUUUGCACUCGCACCUACGCAAACCCGUACAGUAACUCGAUUCACACGUGAGGGUUUGGAAGGUAGGGUUACUGGUUACCAUGAAGUUACUGUUCCUGCCGGCAGUGCCACAGCAAAGAACUCGACAUCAUUCCGCAGAAGGCCUGCAGGUCGAGCGGAGUUUGUCAGAGGGGCGGCUGGUUUCUACCCCUUUGAACCAGGCGGUCUAGAAGGAGUCGAGGCGAUUUCAGCUCUGGAGAGUGAUGCGCAAGUUGAUGGGCAACGGGCUAAUGAUGCUGCAGGAAAGUCUGCGCUGGAUCGUAUUAUCAAGCUUGGUGUUGAAGGCGGGCUGCUAGAAGUUGCGCCAGGCUUAUCGCGUGGACUAGAUUUCUCGAAAGCGACGACUGUUUCUACUGAAGUUGCAAAAAAUGCUGAGGAUGCGUUGCAGCAAGACGAUAGCGAGCUCGAUCGCAUGGUUGGAGGGAGCGCUUCUGAGGUUUACGGUCAGAUCAAAAAAGGCGAUUUGGAGGAAGAUUUAACCGCUGGUGAAGAAGAAGAUAUUGACUCUCUUCUCCCUGUCGAGUAUCCUGCCUUAGAACCACGGGGGCAACUGCUUACAGCAUCGACAAAAAAGGCCGGCAGAGAAUGGGCGCACGUCGUAGACGUCAAUAAAGAGAUUACGAAUUUUUACGAACUUGUACCAGAUAUGGCCCGAGAUUAUCCAUUUGAAUUGGAUACGUUUCAAAAAGAAGCAGUCUACCACCUUGAAAAUGGUGACUCUGUCUUUGUUGCGGCCCACACCUCUGCUGGAAAAACAGUUGUCGCUGAAUAUGCGAUUGCGCUAGCAGCCAAGCAUAUGACAAAGGCCAUAUAUACGUCUCCAAUUAAGGCUUUGAGCAACCAGAAAUUCCGCGAUUUUAGGAAUACGUUUGAUGAUGUUGGAAUUUUGACCGGGGAUGUCCAAAUUAACCCUGAAGCCAGCUGCUUGAUAAUGACAACGGAGAUUUUGCGCAGUAUGCUUUACCGGGGUGCUGACCUGAUAAGAGACGUGGAAUUUGUUAUAUUUGAUGAAGUUCAUUAUGUCAACGAUCUCGAAAGAGGAGUGGUGUGGGAAGAAGUUAUUAUCAUGCUUCCAGAGCACGUCACGCUUAUUCUGCUAUCUGCUACAGUGCCAAAUACCUAUGAAUUUGCUUCCUGGGUUGGACGGACAAAAAAGAAAGAUAUAUAUGUGAUAUCAACUCCUAAGCGACCUGUUCCGCUCGAGCAUUACCUCUGGGCUGGGAAGAGCAUGCAUAAGAUCGUCGAUGCCAAUAAGAAGUUUAUUGAAAAGGGCUGGAAAGAUGCAGAUGAUAUUUUGUCUGGACGUGAUAAGCUCCGGGAAAAGAAAGCUGCGGAAGCAAAGAGCGGCAAUACCCGUGGUGGGCCAGCUGAUCGGGGUCGCGGCCAGCGCGGUGGACCGCAACGUGGCGGUGGAAAUCAACGAGGGGGUCCGCAGCAGCGAGGAAGAGGCCAACCUGCACAGCGAGGUGUCGGUAAUAUUGCACGUACCGGGAGAGGUGGUGGACGUACCACGGCAGCUCAGGACCGGAAUAUCUGGGUGCAUCUCGUGCUGCAUCUCAAAAAGGAAAGUAUGCUUCCAGCAUGUAUAUUCGUAUUUUCAAAGAAAAGAUGCGAAGAGAAUGCAGAUUCCUUGUCCAACCAAGAUUUCUGCACGGCAACUGAAAAGAGCUCAACCCACAUGCUCAUUGAAAAGUCGCUAGCUCGCCUUAAGACGGAAGAUAGGGUUCUUCCUCAAAUUCGAAGAGUAAGAGAACUGCUCAGUCGGGGGAUUGGUGUGCACCACGGAGGCUUGCUCCCUAUCAUUAAGGAGAUUGUUGAAAUUCUAUUUGCUCGAGGUCUUGUCAAGGUAUUAUUCGCUACGGAAACUUUCGCCAUGGGCUUGAAUUUGCCUACUAGAACUGUGGUUUUCUCUGGCUUCCGAAAGCAUGACGGCAGGCAAUUCCGCGACCUUCUUCCUGGAGAGUACACUCAAAUGGCCGGUAGGGCUGGACGUCGUGGCCUGGACACUGUUGGAUCUGUGAUAAUCGCCACUUCUGGCCGAGACGAAGCUCCUCCAAUCGGGGCCUUAAGGAGAAUGAUCCUUGGUGAUCCCACGAAACUCCGCUCCCAGUUCAGGUUAACGUAUAACAUGAUUUUGAAUCUUUUACGUGUCGAAGCACUCAAAAUUGAGGAAAUGAUUAAGAGGAGUUUUAGCGAGAAUGCAACACAAGCACUACUGCCGGAACACCAGAAGCAAGUUCAGCUAUCUGAGGAAACGCUUCAAAAGAUCAAACGAAAAUCUUGUGCUAUUUGUGACAUCGAUUUAGAGGCUUGCCAUUCAGCAUCAAUUGAAUUUCAACGACUCACGUCUCAACUCCAUAUCCUUCUUCUGGCUUCUCCUGUUGGAAAGCGAUUGUUUUCUGCAAAGCGAUUGAUAGUAUAUAAAAAAAAUGGCGUUCGAACGGUUGGAUUUCUGACGAAAGAUGGAGUCAGCGCUGGACCUGCACCUGUAUUCCUGGUGUUUGAAUUUGGACCAUUGAAUCUCAUCCGUCAUCCUAGCGACAUUCUCCCUUUCCUACCUAUGUUCCGGCAUUACUUUGCCCCACUGCCGAACUCUGCAACUGAAAUGCAUUUGAAGGCUUGUAAGGUUCCUAUCAUGGAUUUGGAAUGUGUCACUUCUACCAUUGUAAAAAUAGGAGGGCCAACCUGGUAUUUAAAUAUCAAGAGAGAGGCAUUGAAAGCGGCAGACAAGGAACUCGUGCCUUUAACUUCAACCUGGGAAAAGCCAGAUUGGGAUGAACUUGAUUGGGAUCGGGUAAAGGAACUCCAAGUAAUAGAAGUUCUCAACGAGAGGCAAAAGCAGCUUGAAAUUUCUCAAUCAUGUGGAUGCUUUCAAUGCCCGCAUUUCUUACAACACUUUGAAAUGCAACACGACGAGUGGCAAGUAAAGGAAAACAUAUCGCAACUGAAGCAGCUCAUGUCGGAUCAGAAUCUUCAAUUGCUACCCGACUACGAGCAGCGGGUAGAAGUCAUGAAAGAGCUUGGUUUUGUGGAUGAAGCCUGUCGUGUGCAGCUAAAAGGGAAAGUUGCUUGUGAAAUCCACUCGGCAGACGAGUUAGUUCUUACGGAGCUAAUAUUAGAAAAUGUUCUUGCGGAGUACGAGCCUGAAGAGAUCGUGGCACUCCUUUCUGCCUUUGUCUUCGAGGAGAAAACGGAAAAUGUUCCAACAUUGACGCCUAGGUUGGAGAAGGGCAAGGAAGCCAUCAUUGCAAUCUCCACGAAGGUCAAUGAUCUUCAGAUCAAACACCAAGUUAUACUGUCAAGUGAAGGUGCUGGCGACUUCGCGACAAAACCGCGUUUCAACCUGGUAGAAGUCGUUUAUGAAUGGGCACGCGGCAUGUCUUUCAAUCGCAUCACGGGCUUGACUGAUGUGAUGGAGGGAACAAUCGUGCGGGUGAUUACCCGCCUGGAUGAAACAUGCCGGGAAGUGAAGAAUGCCGCGAAGCUCGUUGGCGACCCUUCCUUAUACACGAAAAUGCAGACGGCACAGGAGAUGAUCAAGCGAGACGUGAUUUUCGCUGCCUCUCUAUAUAUGUAG